AUGCGUGAACAUGUCGAUUCGUCGAUUCAGGUAAUGCUGGAGGAUGGCUGGUUCACCCGAGUACCUCCAAUGUUACUGACUGACGAUCUCUCCACUCAACUUCCCGUGGGUGAUAAAAUACGUUUUUGUGAGAAGCUGAUUCCCUCUCGCAUCGACUCAUGCUCAGGUGCAUUGAAAGCGGUGACGAGGAACAAGAUGCAGGAGCGCAAUCGGAAUGUGACGAAAUGCCGUGCGCGUCACACACACCCGCCCACGCACUCGAGCACGUCAGAGAUCCGAGGUUUGCCACGCAUGCACACUCUGCUGAUAGCCCACCAGCUGCGUGCCUCACCUGAUUCGACGAUGGCGGGUGACCUUCGGAUCGCGAACCCCGACAACAACAAUUAG